AUGCGAAGCUACUGCAUUUUAAAUUAUUACAGAAAACUUUACAAAAAUGUGCAAGUACGAAAAUAUUGUUCUAAUUUUGACAGCCAAUAUGAAACAAAAAUUGAAAAGAUAAGAAAUAUUGGGAUUUUGGCUCACAUAGAUGCAGGGAAAACUACAACAACAGAACGUAUGCUAUUCUACUCUGGAACUAUCAGGUCUAUGGGGGAAGUGCACCAUGGUAACACAGUCACCGACUACAUGGAACAGGAGAGGCAGCGCGGAAUCACAAUUACAUCUGCAGCAGUAUCAUUUCCUUGGCAUGGAAUGCAAAUCAAUCUGAUUGAUACACCAGGCCAUAUUGACUUUACAAUGGAAGUUGAACAGAGCCUAGCUGUGCUAGAUGGGGCUGUGAUAGUACUGGACGCUUCAGCAGGAGUAGAAGCCCAGACUCUGACAGUAUGGCGGCAGGCAAGCGGGUAUAGGGUCCCGCGAAUCCUUUACCUAAACAAAAUGGAUCGGGAGGACGCCGACGUCAACGCUUGCGUUGUUUCGGUGCGAGACAAACUGCAAGCCACUCCAUUGGUGCUUCAUCACCCCAUUGUCAAAGAUGGCAAACUUAUUGGUUUAAUAGACUUGGUAACACGACAAGAAAUAAUAUGGACGCAGGGACGCGGACAGAAUUUUAUCCGUCGACCGCUAACGGAGAAAACCGAUGGCUAUGACUGGGAAAAAACUAUGGAUAGUCACAGACAACUGAUCGACACGCUAUCUUCCAUGGACGACCAACUAGCUGAGAUCAUAAUACAGCAGGAGUCAUUGGACAACAUAGAAAGUUCAGAAAUAAACGCAGCAAUACGUCGAUGCACUUUGGAAAUGGAUGCAUUCCCUAUUCUAUGUGGCAGCUCCUAUAAAAAUAUUGGAGUGCAGACGUUAAUGGACUCUAUCGUUUCCUACUUACCGUCGCCUUUGGAAUGUAACAGGAUUUACAAAAGUUUCGGUUCGGACUUGGCAGCCAGGGCUUUUAAAGUUCAGCACGAUGAUCAAAGAGGAGUGUUGACUUUCCUAAGGCUGUACAGUGGGGAGAUUGAGAGAGGACAGAAGAUUUAUAAUCUAGCGCGGGAUAAAAGUGAGCAGACAGGAUCCCUGUACGUGGCGCUGGCUGACGAGUACCGGCCUGUAGACAAAGUGACCGCUGGGAAUAUUGCAGUAGUCAGCUCUCUCAAGGCCACAAUGUCUGGAGACCUUGUAACAUCCACUCAGACUUCCGCCAAACGGGCUAGAGCGCAGCUCUCGUCGUGGCUGCAGGAACCUGGACAAGUGGAGGAGCUGAUGCUGCCCAGCGCCCGUCAGAGACUGCAGAACCUCGACACGGAGCCGACUCGCGAAGAACUCGCUGAGGUGCUGCUUGGGAUUGGAACAACGAUCCCGGAGCCGGUGUUCCUGUGCUCCAUUGAGCCGCCGAGUGCAGCGUAUCAAAACGCGCUGGAAACUGCUCUAGCUGAGCUGCAGAGAGAGGACCCAAGUCUUCGAGUCUCCACCGACGAUGAUACCGGGCAAUUGGUAUUGGCAGGCAUGGGUGAACUCCACCUGGAGAUAAUCAAGGAGCGGAUCAUCCGCGAGUACAAAAUCGAGGUGGAUCUCGGUGCACUGCAGAUUGCGUACCGAGAGGCGUUGCUAGGCAACGGCAAGCAGACGCUUACCGUCGACCGCAAGAUCGGCAACGUACGACAGUCUGUCAAGGUCGUCAUGUCCGCCAAGCCUGUGAAAGGGAUCUCUCAGGAUAAGAUUCUCAGGCUGGACAAGUCGGCAGAUAGUGCUGCCAACUUAUCGCACGUGCAUCCUCGCGUUAUGCAAGCCAUACAACAGGGCGUCACUACAGCAUUGCGACAUGGGCCCAAGCUGGGCUGCCCCCUGGUGGAUGUGCAGGUGACCUUGCACUGGCUGGAGAUGGGCCGCGGCACUUCCGACUCGGUGGUCACCGCCACCGUCGCGCAGUGUUUAAGAAAAGUGUUCGAAGAAGCGGAAUCUGUGUUGCUGGAGCCGGUGAUGGCGCUGGAAGUGGUAGUGCCCGAGUCUCACUCAGCGCGCGUGAUGGCAGACCUCAUGCGAAGGCGUGUUGACGUACGCCACAUACACACGCGACACAACAAUAGGGUGGUGGAUUGUAUCGCCCCUCUGUCAGAGCUGCUGGGCUAUUCGACGACACUGCGCUCACUCAGCUCCGGGCUGGCCACCUUCAGCAUGGAGUUCCACUCGCACCGGCACAUGUCGCCCCAGGACGAGGAGAAAGCCAUCAAAGAUGUCACCGGUUUUUAG